UCCAUCUCAUUGAAUACAGUUUGUGUCGGCGGUUGAAGUAGUCCAAAGCAAAACAAGUAGCUAGAAAAUAGAGGUUUUAACAAGAACAUGGCAUCAAGAGAAAACAUUAGUUCAGAUACUAUUACACCAUUUUUAAACUCUUCUAGGCAUGGAGGCCAAGAAGGUGAUAAUAAUAGAGAUAGUUGGUGGAAGAAAGUAUUGGAUUUUGAAGAAGCAAAGAAUCAAAUAUUAUUUGCUUUUCCAAUGAUUUUAACUAAUGUUUUCUACUAUUUAAUACCUUUGAUCUCUGUUAUGUUUGCUGGUCAAUUGGGUGAGCUUGAGCUUGCUGGUGCCACUCUUGCUAAUUCAUGGUGUGCUGUUACUUGCAUAGCUUUCAUGACCGGACUGAGCGGGGCACUUGAGACACUAUGCGGUCAAGGAUUUGGCGCAAAACUAUACAGGAUGUUAGGAAUUUAUCUACAAGCAUCAUGUAUUAUAUCCAUUCUGUUUGCUUUUAUCAUAUCGGCCGUCUGGUAUUAUACUGAACCUAUAAUGGUCCUCCUUCAACAAGAUCCUCAAAUUGCAAAAGCUGCUGCUGUUUACUUGAAAUACCUUAUUCCGGGAGCAUUUGCAUACGCUUUCCUGCAUAAUAUCAUAAGAUUUCUUCAGACUCAAUCUGUUGUUUUGCCCCUUAUCGCGUUGUCCGGAAUUCCAACCUGCCUACACAUUGGUGUUGCAUAUGCAUUAGUGAAUUGGACAGCUCUUGGUUACAAGGGAGCUCCAUUAGCUGCUUCCAUUUCGCUGUGGAUAUGCACCAUUUUGUUGAUAGUAUAUGUGAUUUGUUCCAGCCAAUUCAAGCUUACGUGGGAAGGCCUUUCGUCGGAAUCAUUUCAAUACAUCCUCAGAACCGUCAAGCUUGCUUUACCCUCUGCAGCAAUGGUUUGUUUAGAAUUCUGGGCUUUUGAGAUAUUGGUUUUACUAGCUGGAAUGAUGCCCGACGCUGAAAAAACCACCUCACUAAUAGCAAUGUGCGUGAAUACGGAAGCUGUUGCAUAUAUGUGUACUUAUGGUCUGAGUGCUGCUGCAAGCACAAGAGUGUCGAAUGAAUUGGGAGCCAACAAUCCAGGCCGAGCCAAAAAUGCCAUGCUUAUAACUCUAAAGUUGUCGGUUUUUCUGGCUCUUGUGAUUAAUCUGGCUCUAGUCAUUGGCCAUAACACAUGGGCUAGCUUAUUCAGCAGUAGCUCAACCAUAAUUGAUGCCUUUGCCUCAGUGACUCCAUUGCUUGCUGUCUCCAUCACACUCGACGCAGUUCAAGGAAUCUUAUCAGGAGUGGCUAGAGGAUGCGGCUGGCAGCACUUGGCGGUGUAUGCUAACUUGGGAACAUUCUAUUUCAUCGGAAUGCCAAUUGCGUUCCUUCUUGGAUUUAAGUUCAAGCUUUACGCUAAGGGAUUAUGGAUAGGACUAAUAUGCGGUCUCACUUGCCAAGCAUUAACCCUUUUGUUGAUUUCGCUAUGCAUAAAAUGGACUACGAUAGAUUUCUCCGGAAAUGGAAAGCAAGAAAAUUCAGACAUAUCUUAGGAAGAAGAGACAGUCGAGGUAAGUUAUUUCUUACUUGUAAUGUUCAAUGUUCGUUAUUCAGAAGUUGCAUAGAUAUUCAUUCUUGAAGAAAACAGAACAACCUCUGUUUUAUUCACUUUGUGGUAUCCAAGAAUCUCUCGCUAAUUUAUCUUUGUUCGGUUUUGAUUUUUUUAA